GGCUAUAUAGGCAGGAAAGAUUAUCCGAGCAGAUGUUGUUUCCCCUCUGCUGAAGUAGUAGGGCCAAUAAUAAACGCACACGCAGUCACACAAAACGCACGCUAAUCUGAGUAGCCCUUGCACAUCCCAGUCUCUCUCCUCUUUCCUCCCCAAGCAGACAGUCGCUGUUUCAGUCCCAUGGUCAAGUUUUUUCCCCCCACACUGCAUUUUGCGCAGUUGUGCUUUAAUCGUUUAUUGUGAGGUCCCUGUCGCUGGAGUGAGUUGCGGCGUCGCUUCAGCCUACAGAUGGACACACGAGGAAGGGAGAAAGGACCGUCUGGGAAAUGGCACGCAGUGUGCCGUUUGGCGCUGUUCACUUGCUUCUUGGACGCGGUCCGGGGACAGAUCCGCUACUCAAUCCCAGAGGAACUGGAGCACGGCGCGUUUGUUGGCAACAUUGCGGAGGACCUGGGCUUGGAUUUGGACAAGCUGUCCGCGCGCAGAUUCCGCAUAGUCUCGGGCGCCAAGAAGCAAUAUGUGGAGGUGAAUUUGGAAAACGGAGUUUUAUUCGUCAAUGAAAGAAUCGACCGCGAGGAACUGUGCGAGCAGAGUUUGUCCUGCUCUUUCCACUUGCAAGUAGUCAUUGAAAACCCUCUGGAGCUUUACAGGGUGGAAGUGGAAAUCUUGGACGUCAAUGAUAACUCUCCCGCUUUCCCGUGGACCGAGUUCAAUCUGGACAUAUCGGAGUCCGCUGCGCCUGGGUCCCGUUUCCCUCUGGAGAGCGCGCAGGACUUGGACGUCGGGUCCAACUCGCUGCGCACCUAUCUGCUGAGUGUAAACGAGCAUUUCCUCCUGGACAUACAGACGCGCAGCGAUGGCAGUAAAUUUGCAGAGCUCGUCCUGCAAAGCCCACUGGACAGGGAGCAGCAGGGUGCGCAUCAAAUGGUCCUAACAGCGGUGGACGGAGGCGCGCCGGAGCGAUCCGGCACUGCGCAAAUUGACAUCACCGUUUUGGAUGCGAACGACAACGCGCCCGUGUUCGAUCAGUCGUUCUACAGAGUGCGACUGGCGGAAAACGCGCCCAAAGGCACAGUUGUCAUCAAACUCAACGCGUCCGACCUGGACGAGGGUCCCAACGCUGACAUCACCUAUUCGUUCAGCGGCCACGCUCCCAUCAAAGUGCGCCAGCUCUUCAGCGUGGAUUCGCGCACGGGGGAAAUCAAAGUCAAGGGAGUGAUUGAUUACGAAAAGGCCAGGAUGCACGAAAUUUACGUGCAGGCCAAAGACAAAGGGCCCUCCGCCGUGGCGGUCCACUGCAAAGUGCUGGUGAACGUUUUGGAUAGAAACGACAACGUCCCGGAGGUGAUCCUGACCUCAGUGUCCACACCUGUGCAGGAGGACGCGCCCCCGGGCACGGUGAUCGCCGUCAUCAGCGUGAUGGACAAAGACUCGGGGGAAAACGGGAAUGUGGACUGCGAGAUUCCCAAUCAGGUUCCCUUCCAGCUCCACUCCUCCUUUAAGAACUACUAUACACUAGUGACCAGCGACUUUCUGGACAGGGAGGCAGUGGCGGAGUACAACAUCACCCUCACCGCCAGAGACAUGGGCUCGCCACCUCUAUUCACUCGCAAAACUAUUUUAGUGCAGGUGUCCGAUGUGAACGACAACGCGCCUCACUUCAAACAGCCCUCGUACACGGUGUAUUUGACCGAGAAUAACGCACCGGGGGCAUCCAUCUGCGCGGUGGCUGCCCAGGACCCAGAUUCCGGUCAGAACGCGUACCUCUCGUACUCUAUAGUGGAAGGCGACAUUCUGGGCAUGUCGGUGUCCACGUACGUCUCCGUGAACUCGGACAACGGGAACAUUUACGCACUGCGCUCCUUCGACCACGAACGGCUGAAAAGCCUCCAGAUCACCGUUCGGGCGCAGGACGCCGGUUUCCCGCCCCUGAGCAGCAACGUCUCGGUGAACGUCUUUGUUUUGGAUCAAAACGACAACGCGCCCGUGAUCGUGGCGCCGGUGCCGGUGCCGCGGAACGACACGGCGCCCGGCGAGGCGGUGCCCAGAUCCGUGGACCCCGGGUACCUCGUCACCAAAAUCAGCGCGGCGGACGCGGACGCGGGCCAAAACUCGCGUCUCUUCUACCAAAUGCUCCAAGCGACGGACCCGAGCUUGUUCAGCGUCGCCCUGUACACGGGCGAGAUCAGGACGAUGCGGCCGCUGACGGGGGAGGACGCCACGAGGCACAGACUGGUCAUCCUGGUGAAGGACAAUGGUCAACCAGCGCUCUCGGCCACGGUUUCCAUCAUCCUGUCAGUGGUUGACAGCCUGCCAGAUUCGCGGCCCGAUUUGGAUGACCUGUCACUAAUCCCACAUCACAGCUCCCACUUCGCCCUGUACUUAAUCGUGUCCCUGGGCGCAAUCUCCUUCACAUUUCUGGUGGCUAUUAUUGUCCUGGUUGCAGUGCGGAGACUGAAGGGCAGGCCGUCCGACAGGGAGUCCAACUUCCCCUCCGUCGGCGGCGGCGGCGGCUGCUGCUGCUGCUGCCGCCCUCGCUCGGAGGCGCCCACCGCCACAGAGAUGUUCAAAAAGACCAACUUAAACGUCCGGAUGUCCGCGGGCGCGUCCGGCUGCGCAGAGGCCAGCGGCAACGGCGCCCUGCCGCAGGUCUACUGCUAUCAAAUGUGCCUCACGCCGGAAUCGUCCAAAAGCGACUUCAUGUUCCUGAAGCCGUGCAGCCCGGUGAUGUCGGUCCAGCAGAACAACGCCAAGAGCACGGACUACCUGACCUCGGGCUGGAGCGCACUGGACCGCAACGAGCUGACCAACAACAGAGCAGCAACUCCAAACGAGCUCAAGUAUUCAAACAAGGACUGGACUUUGACCAAGAACCAACGCAACUCGGCAUACAAGAGGUACAGUUCAGCAAACAUGGAGGGCACUCUUUCACGUCAACAGAAAUACGAUGCUGAUGGGUUCUCCUGCUCCUUGGCACCGCAGUACUGGACGUGGGGAAACCAUAUGAAAGACUGCAAGAUUUCUCUCCAGGAGGAGGCGGCUCCCAACUACUCGUGGACUCCUCAGUACACGCAGCCCCACUCUGAACCGCCCGACUACCAGCACAACGUGUACAUCCCCGGCACCACGUCCGGCUACAGCACCCUGAAGCUGGCGCCCAGGGGGGACCUGGACGUGUACAACACCUUCUCCACAUUCGGGAAGAAGAAGAGAUUCAUCUCGAGCUACGAACAAUCUUUCGACGGAGACGAUGGUCUCAUAAGCAACCCCAUCUUUAAAUGAUGUGCCGCCUGUGUUGUGUAUUCUGCGUGCGACACGUGUGCCAUGUACAAGUUCUAAUGCAUAGCUAUAAAUGUGAAGCCUGACAGACUGUACUUCUCCUUUUUCCCAGUUGAAUUCAAUGCCACUCCAUGCAACGAGUAUAAUACUUCAAUUAAAAUUCUCCAAGUGCUCUCCGAGUAGCAAAGAUGGACUUUUUAAGACAAGAGAGCAAUGUGGGCCGUGAAGUGGAACACCAGGAGAAAGUUGUUGUUUUUGUUCUCCUUUCUUUCCCAGCAGCAGUGACCUUGGGUAAAUGGGAUUUGAUUUGUUUGGAGGCCGCUGGUUCUCACUAAAGUUAUGGCCAAUGUUUAGUACGAACAAGGAUUAGGAGUUUCAGCGGUUUAGUGUCCAUUACACAAAGGUCGUCCAGAUACCAUGUCCCUUUUGUGUAGAUACGUCUUUAUGAUGUGUACAGGGACAAUUGUACUAAGUGUAUGCUGCUGUGAAAGUCAUGAACCUAAAUAUGCUAGCAAUAAACUUUAUAUUUCACAGCUCUCAGAGUAGAGGUUUCUAUCGAGAAACCUGUGGAAAGAAAAAGAAACAUCAACAUGCAACAACAAAGCAUCUUUGUGCCCGUUGUUAUUCACAAGUAGAUCAUAAAUGGAUGAUCGAACUGUUAUGCUCUUAUCAGCUAGUUUUCUAUCAUCAUCAUCAUCAUCAUCAUCAUCAUGCUUGGGUGCAUUCAGUGACAUGUUUAAAAAGGCUGAAUGUAAUCCACAGGCACAAUACACAACCAAUAGAGAGGAAAUUAGGAGAUUUGUUUGAAAUACAAUAACAAAUGUACAUGUACAUUAAAAUGCAACCUUGUAGCUUCAGGGAGUGUGACAAGGAAAAGCAUUGUCUGCCUUGGUUCGAGCAGUUGCCUCAAUGAACGCACCAAUCAGGUGUGUGAUUAUAUGACUUAAAAUAAUUGUUGAUGACAUUUAGAAGGACAAUAACACGGGUGACAUGAUGCCGCCCCUGUCGGGUUCCCGCAAACAACGCACAUCUCUUUGCUUAUUUUAUUUUUAAGACACAAGUUUCAAACACUGGUACAGAUGCGUAUUCACCAUAGAGUCUGAUUUUCAUGGCUACACAUGACUGCACAGUCAAUCCAAUAAUCUCUCUGUAUGCAGUGUAUCCUUAGUUAUGAUAUCAAUAAAUAUUCCCUGAACUCUGAAA